AUGUUGAAGCCGAAAAACAAAAACAGUCAGCAAGCUAGCAAUGUCGACCACUUCGAACGCCUGCUCGAUGAAUUACUCCUGUCGAUACUAAGCCGUUUGGACGACUUGAAACAUUUGUUCCCAUGUUCUCUGGUCUCAAAGCGGUUUGACUUUACCACAUUCUGCGUUCAAUCCGUUUCCAUUACUCUCUUGAAACUAAAAAAAUACGCAAUCGUAUCAGUCGAGGACAUCUAUCACAUCCCUCAUCUGAUGCUCGGUUCGCUCGAUGAGGAAACCCAACACAUGCCCGAUUCAAGAGCUCAACAAGAUAGAAAACGAAGAAGAGUCCAGACUGGAAAACCAGUUUUCGGCUUGUCGAUGGCCCACCUAAGGGCCGUUUUCCAGCCUGUCAAGUGCUCCACGGAGUGGAUUUUCAUGCUGAGCUUGCUCGUGAGGCACCACUGUUUUCUGGAGAGGAUUGUGAUUAGGGACACUGAAGGGAAGGGAAGUUUGGUGGUGGGCCCACAGGCUGCAAGUUGUUUUAUGAUGAAUAAUCCGGUGCCUGAGCUGCGGCUGCCGGUUACUGGGUAUGUGCUGAAGGGGGUGUGUUUUAUGGUGAUUAGGGGCAAUGACGAGCAGGACAAUGGCGUGGAGCUUGGUGAAGUGAUGUACGAGGGGGAGGAUGAGGAUGAGAAGGUGCUUGGGGAGGCAGUGUAUGAGAUUGUGAAGAGGCAUUUGGGUAAGUUUUUCUGGUUUGUCAAGUUUCCCAAUUUUUUUGCAGCAUGCUUCGAUGCCGUGGUUUUCUGA